UUACGCACAUCCUUCUCCACGACUUGUCUCCUGCUCAUGAAUGGAGCUCUCUCACUCUCUCACCAGUCUCGAAAACUCUCGCCUCUCUGCGAGAUUUGGAGCCGUGAAACAUGGAAUAUGGCGGUUGAUGAUGAUGUGAGAGUAAUAGAACGGUUACGUGUUGUAAUAGGUGAAGCCAAGAAUCUGCCCCGCAGAAGCCAUGGGGCAAACGAGGUACGAGAUGUGUACUGUGCAAUUAAGCUGGAUCAAGAAGAGAUCUUUCGAACCACAGCACGAGAGAAAACUGCCAAUUCUUUCUUCGGUGAGGACUUUCAGUUCGAGAUUCCUCGCGAGUUCCGUUACUUCUCGGUCUAUGUUGUGGAGAGGGAGCGUGCUUCCAACAAGGACAAGACCCUGGGCAAGGUGACCAUCAAGAAGAAAGGCAUGGACAAGUACUAUGGAAAAGACAGCUGGUUCCCCAUCUUGCCCGUGGACGCAGAUUCUGAAGUCCAGGGCAAAGCUCAUAUUGUGAUAUGCCUGGAGCCGUCAUCCAAGUCUUCCAUCUAUGGCCCCUGUGCAAGGCUUUCUGUCAGGGUGACCGAAUGUUCAGACCUGAACCUGGUGAACGGGUCGUGCAAUCCGUACGCACAGGUAACCCUAUGCAACGGUCAGUGCAAGCAGGAAGCGCGCAAGAGCAAAGUCCGUCGCAAGACCAUCUGCCCACGCUUUGAAGACGUCUUCCUCUUCGAUCUCAAACCUCAGAGGACGGACAAGCAAACUCGCUCAAUUCAGGACGAGUUCAGCUCUUUGGAGCUCAGGGUGUCCUUGAACCAUGACAUAAGUGUUGUGGGUGGCAUGUUUGGCAGCAUGUUCCUCGGUGAGGUGAGGAUUCCACUCAAGGACUUGGACCUGGAGAGAGGGCACGAAGCUUGGUACCUGUUGCAACCGCGCGAGUGGCCGAAGCCCAGCAAGGGCGACCUGGGCUCACUGCGGCUCAAACUGUUCUUCACGUCGGACAGCGUCUUCUCUAGUCAGUUCUACUACGAUCUCCGUGAGCUUCUCCUCAUGUCUCCCACUGUCAGGCCCGUGACAUCGAGCGCGGCUUAUGUCCUGGGUGAAAUGGUGCAACACAAAGAGGAUGCUGCUCAGCCGCUGGUGAAGAUCUUCAAGGGUCGCAGCUCUGUGCUUCCUCUGCUCAGGUCCCUGGCAAGCUGGGAGCUUUCUAAAGUCACGGAUCCCCACACCAUCUUCCGCGGCAACACGUUGGUCACCAAGUGUGUUGACGAGUACAUGAAACUGACGGGGAUAUUGUACCUGCAAGAUACUCUCAAGGUUGUCGUUGCAAAGAUUUUGUCCGAGCACCUGCCUUGCGAAAUCGACCCGUCACGGCUUCGGGACAAGGAAUGCCGAAAAGCAAACGAGGCAAACCUGAGGCGCUACGUGAACGAGGCGCUGUCUGCAAUCACUCGGUCGUGGGUCGCCUGUCCCUGGGAGCUUUGUGACUUGUUUGCCAUGCUGCGCGACCUGGCAGCUGACCACUUUCCUGGGCGCAAGGAGGUCCAGUACUCCAUCAUCUCGGUCUUCCUCUUCCUGCGCUUCUUUGCAGCUGCCAUCCUCGGCCCCAAACUCUUCGAGCUCUGUUCCGAGCCCAUUGGCGAACAAGCUAAGAGGAGCUUAACGUUGGUUUCAAAGUCAAUCCAGACAAUGGGCAACAUUGUGAGCUCUUCUUCGGCACAGCCUUUCUACAAAGAAGACUACAUGAAAGAAUUCUACGAAAACUUGAUAACAGAAGAGCACAAAGAGAGCGUCAGGCAGUAUUUAGAGUUGAUAUCCCUGAAAGACGUGCCUAUGAGGAACUUGGACACGCCAUCCAUUGUGCUCAAAGAGGGGAUCAUGACAAAAAGAGCUCAAGGCAGGAAGAAAUUGGGGCUGAAGAAUUUCAAGCGACGCUACUUCUGUCUCACAACAAAGGAGCUCUACUAUGCCAAGGCAAAAGAUUGCAGCCCCUUAUGCACCAUUCCCCUCUGCGACAUCCUGGGCGUGGAGAAGCUGCACGAGGACUCCUUCAAGAUGAAGAACGUGUUCCAGGUGAUCCAACGCAGCCGCAACCUCUACAUCCAGGCAAACAACUGCGUGGAGGAGAAAGAAUGGAUGACAAUACUCAACCGCAUCUGCUACUUCAACCGCUGCCGCAUCCGCACCUACCAUCCCGCCGCUUUUCUCAAGGGACACUGGCUAUGCUGUAAGGAAGAGAGUGAGACUGCACACGGCUGUUGCCCCGUCACAGUUUACAACCUGGCUGACAUCAAGGUGGUCAUCGACACAGACCGCGAGAUGCAACGCAUACACUCCAUCUUUGUUGGACAGAUACACAGGCUAGACGCCCUCAUUGACAAGUGUCGAAGGGCAGUGGAAGGUGGCCAGGGUGCGAUAGAGGCAGGUGUACCCCUUGUAAUGGAGGAUCCCAGCAGCCUGUUGGGUACUCUCAUCUCCAUUAAGACCUUUGUGGAAGCCAUGGAGGUGAAACACGAACGGCAUCGGCAUAACCUCUACAGGCAGACGCAGUACGGCUCAAAGCAAGCUCCAAUUGGGGACGACAACUACCUUCUCAUGGUUGCCUGCCAUCAACAGAAAGCACUCAGCUCCUCACGGCCACUCAUGGGUGACUUUGCAAAGACCUGACCCCUCCGGUCGCUUGUUACAUGUACAUUUAAUACACAGCUACAUUAUUACGAUA